GCGCGCGGUGGAGAACGGGGACGCGGACGACCCGUCCUUCAGCGACCCCGAGGACUUCGUGGACGACGUGGGCGAGGAAGAGUUACUGGGCGAUGUCCUCAAAGACCGGCCGCAGGAGGCAGAUGGCAUCGACUCGGUGAUCGUGGUGGACAACGUGCCUCAGGUGGGACCGGACCGACUUGAGAAACUCAAGAACGUCAUUCACAAGAUCUUUUCCAAGUUUGGGAAGAUCACAAAUGACUUUUACCCCGAAGAAGACGGGAAGACAAAGGGGUACAUCUUCCUGGAGUACGCAUCUCCCGCCCACGCCCUGGACGCCGUGAAGAAUGCCGACGGCUACAAGCUGGACAAGCAGCAUACGUUCAGGGUCAACCUCUUCACUGAUUUCGACAAGUAUAUGACCAUCAGUGAUGAGUGGGACAUCCCGGAGAAGCAGCCCUUCAAAGACCUGGGGAAUCUGCGCUAUUGGCUCGAGGAGGCUGAAUGCAGAGACCAGUACAGUGUGAUUUUUGAGAGUGGGGACCGCACUUCCAUCUUCUGGAAUGAUGUGAAGGACCCCGUCUCCAUCGAGGAAAGGGCGAGAUGGACUGAGACCUACGUGCGCUGGUCCCCGAAGGGCACCUACCUGGCCACCUUCCACCAGAGGGGCAUCGCGCUGUGGGGCGGAGAGAAGUUCAAGCAGAUCCAGAGGUUCAGCCACCAGGGCGUCCAGCUUAUAGAUUUCUCACCUUGUGAAAGGUACCUGGUGACCUUCAGCCCCCUCAUGGACACCCAGGAAGACCCUCAGGCCAUCAUCAUCUGGGACAUCCUGACAGGCCACAAGAAGCGGGGCUUCCACUGUGAAAGCUCUGCCCACUGGCCCAUUUUCAAGUGGAGCCAUGAUGGCAAAUUCUUUGCCAGGAUGACCCUCGAUACCCUCAGCAUCUACGAGACGCCAUCGAUGGGCCUUUUGGACAAGAAGAGUUUGAAGAUCUCCGGGAUAAAGGACUUCUCUUGGUCUCCUGGUGGCAACAUCAUUGCCUUCUGGGUGCCCGAGGACAAGGACAUCCCAGCCCGGGUGACUCUCAUGCAGCUCCCCAGCCGACAGGAGAUCCGGGUCAGGAAUCUUUUCAAUGUGGUGGACUGCAAGCUGCACUGGCAGAAAAACGGAGACUAUUUGUGUGUCAAAGUGGACCGGACGCCCAAGGGGACCCAGGGUGUCGUUACAAAUUUUGAAAUUUUCCGAAUGCGAGAGAAGCAGGUCCCCGUCGAUGUGGUGGAGAUGAAAGAGACCAUCAUCGCGUUCGCCUGGGAGCCCAACGGGAGCAAGUUUGCGGUGCUUCACGGGGAGGCGCCCCGCAUCUCUGUGUCCUUCUACCACGUCAAGAGCAACGGGAAGAUUGAGCUCAUCAAGAUGUUCGACAAGCAGCAAGCCAACACCAUCUUCUGGAGUCCCCAAGGCCAAUUUGUCGUGCUGGCUGGUCUGCGGAGCAUGAACGGUGCCUUAGCCUUUGUGGACACAUCUGACUGCACGGUGAUGAACAUUGCCGAGCACUACAUGGCCUCCGACGUCGAGUGGGACCCCACGGGGCGCUACGUCAUCACCUCCGUCUCCUGGUGGAGCCACAAGGUGGAUAACGCUUACUGGCUGUGGACUUUCCAAGGCCGUCUCCUUCAGAAGAACAACAAAGACCGCUUCUGCCAGCUGCUGUGGCGGCCACGGCCUCCUACGCUCCUGAGCCAGGACCAGAUAAAGCAAAUUAAAAAGGAUCUGAAGAAAUACUCCAAGAUCUUUGAGCAGAAGGAUCGUUUGAGCCAGUCCAAAGCCUCAAAGGAAUUGGUGGAGAGGAGAAGAACCAUGAUGGAGGACUUCCGGAAGUACCGGAAGAUGGCUCAGGAGCUCUACAUGGAGCAGAAGAACGAGAGGCUGGAGUUGCGAGGAGGUGUGGACACUGAUGAACUAGACAGCAACGUGGACGACUGGGAGGAGGAGACCAUCGAGUUUUUUGUCACUGAAGAAAUUAUUCCCCUUGGAAAUCAGGAGUGAUUUGGAAGCACCAUG